UAAAUGAAAAAAAUGAAAAAAAUGAACAAAAUGAAAAAAAUGAAAAAAAUGAACAAAAUGAAAAAAAUGAAAAAAAUGAACAAAAUGAAAAGUUGAAAUUAUUAAAUUAUAUUAAUAAAGAAAUGGAUACUAAAAAGUUGGAAAUUAUGAAAUUUAUAGAAAGGGUUAAUGAGGAGAGUGACGAGAGAAAAAAAGAAAAUGAUACUAUUAUGAAUAAUGAAAUAAAUAAUAAUAUUGAUACAAAUGAUCAUAUAAAUAAUAAUAUUGAUAUAAAUAAUAAUAUUGAUAUAAAUAAUAAUGUUGAUACAAAUGAUUAUAAAAAAGUACAAAUGAAUAUAGAACAAAAUGGUAACUUACCAAAUAACGUUGAAGAAUUUUUAAAUUUUAUGAAAAAUGAUAAUGAAUUAAAUGAGAAUAAAAAAAAAAGAAAAAAGGAUAAUUCAAAUGGAGAAAGGACUCAAGAAGAUGAAUAUUAUUUGACAGAUGAAAAUGAUCCUCCUAAUACUUAUUUAAAAAAACAAAGAAAAAACACAAAUAUGGAAAAUAAUAAUAAUAUAAAUAAUAGUAAUAAAAUAAUUUGUACUAGUAGUAAUGAUAUUUUUGCAAUUUCAGAUGAUACACAUUAUACAAUAGAUAAAAAAAAAAAAAAAAAAAGCAUCAAAGAUUGUGUUAAUACAUCAUAUUGUUCAAACAUUGAGCAACAGACAGAUAAACAAAAUGAUAAUGACAAAGAAGAAGAACUCAUGUUUAUAAGUAAAGAAUAUAAAAUUAAUUGGAGAGAAAGAGAACGAUUACAAAAAAUGGAAUAUAAAGAAAAAGAUUUGGAAAAAGAAUUUUAUAAAAGAGAAAAAGAAUGGAUAGAAUUAGAAGAACAAAUUAAAAAGGAUACAUACAAAGAAUGGAAUAAAUAUCAGUUAUCAAAAAAAAAAGAUAUUGCAAAACUUAUUGAAAUUGAUUUAAAGGGAGAAAGUGAUAAUAGUACUAUAUCCAGUUCUAAAAGGAGAGAAAUUAGAAGGGCUAAAAGGAAAAAGGAAAAAGAGUUAGACGAACAAGACAAGUUGAAUGAAAUAAAAGAAGAGGAAGAAAUGAAAAAAAUGGAAGAAAUGAAAAAAAUGGAAGAAAUGAAAAAAAUGGAAGCAACUAAAAAUAAUGUUAAUAAUACAAAAGAUCAGUAUGAUACUAAUAAAAAUAUUUCUGUUGAUAAUAUGCAUAAAAAAAAUAAUGAUGAUACAUUAACAAACAAUUCAGACAUUGAUGAUAUGUCUUUUUUUGAAAAUAACCAUAUGAAAUUAAAGAAAAAAAAAAGUGACAAGAAUUACUUACAAGAAGAUGAUUAUGAUGAAGAGGAGGAAAAAAAAGAGGUCUUCAUAAAAAAUGAUAAAACAAAAUAUAAAAAUAAUAAUAAUAAUAAUAAUGAUUUAUUGCUUAAUAGUUAUAAUACAUAUAACAAUAGUGAAUAUACUUAUAAUUCUGAUGAGGAAGAUGAUAAGGUAUCUGUAUCUAAAUAUAUCCAUACAUCUUCCUCAGAUUGUGAUUCAUAUGAAAAAAAAAGAAAAAAAGAAAAAAAAAAAAAUGAUAACUACAAAAGAAAAAUGACCAAUACAGAAUAUGAAAAUAUUAAAGAAGGUGAACAAAAUAUAAAGAAAAAAAAAAAUUCCCAUUCAGAAUAUAUACAAAAUAUAAAUGACCAAUACACAUUAAAUAUCCUUGAUACGAAUGAUGAGUAUCCCUAUUUAGAAGAAAAAGGAAAAAAAACAAACAAAAAUAUUAAAGCCUUAUCAAAAUUAGACAAAACAUAUUUGGAUAAAAAAAAUCAAGAAGAAAAAGAAGAAAACAAAGAAGAAAAAAACAAAGAAGAAGAAUUAAAAGAUCAACAAAAUGAAAAGGUUAGAGUUAUUGAUAUUAUUGAAAAUUCAAAAAAAAUAUUAGAAAAAGUACCAUCAUCAGAAGAAGAUAUUUUUAAUUUUCCAAUUGAAUGGAAUAUACCUAAUUUUAAAAAUAAUAUAAGCACAAAAUUAAAACCUUGGAUUUAUAAAAAAAUUACAGAAUAUAUAGGUACUGAUGAAAAAGAUGUUACAGAAGAAAUUAGUAAUUAUUUUGUUAAACAAAUUUUAAACGAAACAUCACCAAAAAAUAUGCUAAUAGAAGCAGAAAAAUUCUUAGACUCAGAUGGAAAGAUAUUUAUUCUAAAUAUGUAUAAACUAAUAAUUUUUGAACAGCUCAAGGUAAAAAAUGAAAUGCAAAAUAAAAAUAUGUAA